GCUCCCCGCCCACUCCCAACUCGCCGUCAUUCUCUCUCUCUCUCUCUCUCUCUGCUUGCUUCAACCCAGGAAUCUCGGAGCGGAGCCGACAGCGAAAAUGGCUCACCGGCCGGCUUUCCUCCUCGUCGUCCUCCCUCUCCUCGUCGCCUGCGCCGCCGCCGCUUCGUCCUUCGACGAGUCCAACCCGAUCAGGCUCGUCACUGACGGGCUCCGCGACCUCGAGUCCUCGGUCCUCCAGGUGAUCGGGAACUCCCGCCACGCCCUCUCCUUCGCCCGAUUCGCUCACAGGUACGGGAAGAGGUACGAGACCUCGGAUGAGGUGAUGCUGAGGUUCCAGAUUUUCAGGGAGAAUCUGAAGCUUAUCCGGUCGACGAACAGGAGGGGGCUGCCUUACACUCUUGCGGUUAAUCAGUUUGCUGACUGGAGCUGGGAAGAGUUCACGAAGCAGAGGCUGGGGGCGGCCCAGAACUGCUCUGCCACCACGAGGGGCAACCACAAGCUCACUGAUGCUGUCGUGCCCAACAUGAGAGACUGGAGGGAGGAAGGCAUUGUGAGUCCAGUCAAGGACCAGGGUCACUGUGGUUCAUGCUGGACAUUCAGCACCACAGGUGCUCUUGAAGCGGCCUACCACCAGGCAUUUGGAAAAGGGAUAUCCCUAUCAGAGCAGCAGCUUGUGGACUGUGCCACUGCCUUCAACAACUUUGGGUGCAGUGGAGGGCUGCCUUCUCAGGCCUUUGAGUACAUCAAGUACAACGGUGGCCUUGACACCGAGGAGGCCUACCCUUACACAGCAAAAGACGGCACCUGCAAGUUCUCAUCCGAGAAUGUGGGUGUCAGGGUCAUUGACUCCGUCAAUAUCACCCUGGGUGCUGAGGAUGAACUCAAACAUGCAGUUGCGGUCGUCCGGCCUGUGAGCGUGGCAUUUGAGGUCAUGAAUGGCUUCCGUUUCUACAAGUCCGGAGUCUACACCAGUGACACAUGUGGCAGCACCUCUAUGGAUGUAAACCACGCUGUGCUUGCUGUUGGAUACGGGGUUGAGGAUGGUGUGCCGUACUGGCUCAUCAAGAACUCGUGGGGGGCGAACUGGGGAGAUAAUGGGUACUUCAAGAUGGAGAUGGGGAAGAACAUGUGUGGUAUUGCUACUUGCGCAUCGUACCCCGUUGUUUCCUGAUUUUUGUUAAGAGAACCUUUGGGUUCAAUCGACCAGAAUACCAUCUGAACAUUCAGGGAUGGUCUAUCGAUCCAUAAGAUGCAGGGUUGUAGUGUAGUGUGGUCGCACGAUGUUGUAAUUUGGCUUGUGUACAAAAUAAAGAUUAGAUUCGUGGAAGCACAAAGCAUAAACCGUGUCUGUUAUGUACUCUAAAUUAAGAUGAUGUAAAUUUCAAAUCCUGCUAUGGGUGUCUCUUUGUGCAAACGGGUAAAUUUGCCAAAGGCUUCUCUCUCUCUCUCUCUCUCUCUCUUAAAAUAACAAGAGGUUUUACUUC